AAACCGAUUUUGCGUAGGCACAACGCCGAACAGCAUCUCUUAUGCUCUCCGAUUGCUCUUCCGCAAGUGCACCGAAUCAGGUUCUCCUCUGUCCAUUCUCAUCCAUGUCCAUUGAAGACCUUCCUAUCCAGCCUUGUCGCUCAAGUAUAAACGGCGCCAUCCUUCUUCCACUUGGCGCAUCGAAGGACUAGCGCAACCUCGGGAGCCAGCAGGCCGCGCCACCCGGACUGCAUGAUGAUAACUCCAGUUUCUCCGCACAGCGCUGCUCCUCCCAAUGGGCAAGCAGCCGUUGGAUGGGUACCCAUCAGUUACGAUACAACCCCUGCCUCGCACUACCCUAGCAAUACCAUCCCUGGUGCUUCCAAUAGUCGGCCGGGAAACAAUCUCCACUUGGGCCUUUCUCCUUCGAACCCUUAUGUGAACGCUUCCUCUGUUCCUACCAAGAGCACAACUGAGAGGAUCUUAAUGGUGCUGGAUCGAUGCGGAAGGAAAUUGGAAGACAACACCAGGAAGGCUGCCAUAAUUGCAGGAAACGUCUGGCAGCACCUUAAAACAAGUCCUAACAUCACAGAUGCUGCCUUGACUAGGCUUUCCCAAGCAACCAAAGUUUUUGCAGAAGGUGGAAGUGACAAAGUUUUCCAACAAACAUUUGGAUGUUUUCCAGGAGAACAGCUUUGGAAAGUAUAUGCUUGUUAUCUUUCUACUUCAACAGGUCCAGUGAUAGGAAUGUUAUAUAUAUCUACAGCUAGGGUUGCAUUUUGUAGCGAUCAUCCUCUUUGUUAUGAUUCUUAUAAUGGGCAGCAACAGUGGGCAUAUUAUAAGGUACUUCUUCCUCUGGAUCAGCUGAAGGCUGUCAACCCUUCUACUCACAAAAGCAACCCUUUAGAGAAAUACAUUCAAAUUGUCACCAACGACAGCCACGAAUUCUGGUUCAUGGGAUUUAUUUCUUAUGACAAAGUUCUCAAGCAUCUUCAGGAGGCUUUGCACCAGAGUCCCCAUAUUACUCAGAGGCACAACUCCUACCAUUAGGCAGCACUGUAAGAAUAUGGAAAAUAGUAAUGACCCUGUACAAAUUUCGUAACUUAAUUAUAAGUCAAGUACUAUUUACAUCUUGAACCCAAUAAGCUUAUGUGCCAAUUAAUAAUUGAGGUUCAUCUACUGGAAUUAUGUACUUCAAAAACUAACACAGGUAGAGCCUUCCUCUAUCUGUACUCUUCAGGCAGGUGUUACCAAAUAAUAAUCUACAGCUCGAGUUUGAUUUGGACACAAGUAUUAUCUAAUUUUAUUCAUUCGAUUUCACUCUAGAAUAUAAAUCAAUAAAUAUUUCUUGAUAUACACAGUUAGAAAUACCCAAGUCACUGUGUGAUA